AUGACAAGUAACAUAACAAAUUCGUCAGAUGAAGAAGACCAAGGGAAUCCUUUACUCUGGACUAACAUUCAAAAUAAAGUAAAUGGUAACAUAACAAAUUCGUCAGAUGAAGAAGGCCAAGGGAAUCCUUUACUUGGGACUAACAUUAAAAAUAAAGUAAAUGGAGCAAAAAACCUUGAAACGAAACUACAAGGAACGUCUCUGACAGUUAGAGAUGUUGGUCGCAUAGCAUUGAAUAGAAAUGUUGGUAUUCUGAAAAAGGAAAUGAAACCUAAAUUUCUAAUAGAUAAACUGCGAGAGAAAUGUGUGUUUAAUGAAAUCGACUUAAAAGAUUUAGAGGACUUAACAAAAACCUCAGACAAAAACGCAUUUAUUUUUAAACAAAUGUGUGACAAAUAUGUACUACGAGAAGAUAAAUAUAACCAAUUUAAGACGUGUCUGCGUGAAAUUGAUCUAGGUUUUUUGGUUGACGAACUUGAGAAAUCGGAGGAUGAUAUAAUCUGUAAGUCGGAGGAUGAUAUAACCUGUAAGUCGGAGGAUGAUAUAACCUGUAAAUCGGAGGAUGAUAUAACCU